AGGUGAGAGAGAACGAGUCACCCUCUUUACUGCUGAAGAAACGAGCGCGUGGGUUUGCGUUCGAUGGUACGGGAAGAGUGGGAGUUAAUGUAUGGGAAAGAGCCGUAGGAGAGAGAGAGAGAGAGGGAGAGAGAGAGAGAGAGAGAGAGUGAAGAGUCGAUCGGGAUUGGGGGCAGAGUGGCGGACUUAAUUUGAAAAAUAAGUUCCUAAGCGGGACAAGCACACUUGGCCAAAGCACACUCGGCCAGAAGGGUGUGCGCGUUCCUCGUGUUCCUCAAAUGACAAUUAAUAGACUCCUGGUCGAGAGCGGGGUGCAGGCCUUUUUCUUGGGGUUAGACGCUCGUGCGAAUGAACAAUUUUUACUUGGUUUACCGAGAAGUUCAGUGCUCGUGAAAUCCUGCGGUUCGAGAUAUUUCACGAUUACGCGACUGCGGUGAGGCCGAACGAUUCCCCGUUAAGUGACGCGUGUGACGUCAACGAUCCAAGUUUAAUUGUGCAAUGGGAUUUCGUAAGGAUCGACAAUGUUAAUCGUGCGCUGUGGGAAGUAUCGAAGUCCUUCAUGAAAUGAUCCUGCCGAUCGUGUGAAAGAGACGUUUUGAUAACCCGGAAAAUCCAAAGUAACAGCCUUAAGAAUCCACGUGAGGAGAAGUCCAAUAAAUCGCGCUCAAAAGAGACAAUGGAUGAGACGCGAAAGAAAGAGGUGUCAGACUCCCCGAAGCCGUCACAACCGUCACAACCGUCACAACCGACGCCGUUCAGCAUCGCGGACAUUUUGAGCCGUACGUGCCCGCAGACGGAAGGGGAGAAGCGAAACUGCGAACCGGAAGAUCCGCAAAGAAUUUCCGAUUCCCCGAAGAAGCAUCAGCGUUCCGCGUACGAGGGGAAUCUCGUGGAAUCGUCAAUAGAUCAGGAGCAUCAUUUGACCCGUUACUCGCGGCUGCCAUCGCCGGAACUUAACAUGGCCCGGGAGUUGGACAUCCUAAGAAGAAACUUGGCCCAAGCCAACCUCACGAACUUUGGCAGCCUUCAGCAGCACCUGGGUCAAAGCAGCUUCAAGCACCUGGAGACCCUGGGCAACAUAGCUGCUUACCAAGGCGCGAGAGAAGCCCGGGAAAGCGCGCAAAGGCAACAAGACGAGGCUCUGGACAUGAGCAAAAACAAAUACCUCGACGAGAUGGAGGAGGACAUCUUUGAGUCGCAGUCGCACGGUCAGAGCUUGCAGGGACGAAAGAAAAGAAGCCGCGCGGCAUUUUCGCACGCCCAGGUUUACGAGCUUGAGAGACGAUUCGCGGCCCAAAAAUAUCUCUCGGGACCGGAAAGGGCCGAUCUAGCGCGAGGACUCAAGCUGACGGAGACGCAGGUGAAAAUUUGGUUUCAAAAUCGACGAUACAAAACUAAGAGACGUCAGCAGCAGGAAUUGGGCGCUCUGGUCAAUUCGGGCACUGCCAGACGCGUGGCUGUGCGAGUUCUGGUACAUCCCGAUGAACAUUUGCGAGGGAUACCAAUUCCGGGUACCGGACAACUUCCGGGACAAAUGUCGAACCCCCAAAUUCAUCCGGUUAACAAGGCUCUGAGUGGGUUUCCUUAUUAUUGUCUGCCCUAUCAUCCGCUGCUGUGUCCGCCCAUGCACUCCAGUCAAAUUCAGGUUCAGAGCGCGGAACCGGAACUCGGGGCGAGGCCGGGGGAGACGCAAAUUUCGAAAAUAGACGGCGAGAAGUAAGCUCGGACAAUUUUGAAAGGUCUCAAAUCGAUUCUCUGUCGGAAGCUACUUGUAUAGAUUGUCGACCGGAAGGACGUAGAUUUUUGCACCAAAUAUGAAAAGAAAAAAAAAACCAAAGAAUUCGAAAUAAUAAAAAAAAAAAAUAAUUAUGACGAUUACUCUACGUCAUUUAUACGGUCAAGGGUGAUUUUCGUGAAUUUAAAUAUUUUUUUUGUCAAUCGAAUGAUAGGGUCCAAAGAGACCCAGGGGGUCCCUCCGAGAAUGUUAGUUACUUAAAAUUCUUAAAAAAAAAAAAAAUCCUUCAAUACUAUGACGCGUGUCGUAUAACCAACGGCAGAUAGCACAAGCGUCCUCAAGGUCCAUAUAACUAUAGCCAUGAUGGUACUGAUACGUUUAGAUACCUAUAGUUCAUGGAAAGUUUAUAAAUCUCGAAAAAGAAAAGAAAGAAGUGCAAGAAAAUUAUCGGCCAUUGUAUUUAUUCUAGACGCCUAGAAAGAAUCGUGUAUAUUAGCGUGUAAAUAAAUGUAUAGAUUGUGACGUGGA